AUGAAACUCCUCACUAUUGCUCUCCUCUUAGCCUCGGUCGCUUCUGUCAGAUCGGCAAACACAAUCGAAGUCAUUCUUCUCCACGGAUUCUCGAUGACCGAUCCAACGGGCAACGCUGCGACGGUGGUCGGACCAGCUGCUUUCGACUUACUGGUCGAAGCCGAUUUCGCUCCGUUCGUUCGUCAAGUGAAGGUCACUGACGCGACUGGGAGCGCCGCCCACUCGGCGAUGCACAUACUCUCGGCGCACAGAUUAUACCCUUCGGAAACGCGAGACAUUGAAGUUGGUUCAUCAGGUACUACCAGGCUUGCAGUUGUCUAUUACGAGCGACGAUCUUGUGACCGUUGUCUGCAAAGCCGCAUAGGUAGUACCCGUAAUCGAUAUGGACCUGCGUACGAAACUAUUCAAAAUGAGGUCUUGCUCAGACUAAAAACACCUAGAGAAUCAGAUCUUGAACAGAGUAUUAGGCAUAUCUACAAGUACCUUCCAUACCAGCUGUAG